AUGGCUGUCGUGUCAUGGAAAGAGAUUUUACUUUUGACUGGACUGGUGGUGGGAUGUUACUGGAACAGCCUGUCCUGCGGCUUUGUGUUUGAUGAUGUUUCGGCUAUUCUUGACAACAAGGACCUACGGCCCUCAACCCCUCUUCGCAACCUUUUCCUCAAUGACUUCUGGGGAACACCCAUGGCUGAGGUGAAUCAUUGUCACUCAAACUAACCUGCAUCCUACAUCAAUCUGUGAAUUGAGAGUAACAACAUGUAAUCUGACUGUUUGAAAUCUACUCUAUGUUCAUCUUCAGGAGAGGAGCCAUAAAUCCUACAGACCGUUGACCGUGCUCACCUUCAGAUUGAACUACCUCUUAAGUGAGCUGAGUGCAGCUUCUUACCAUCUGCUCAAUGUUGUUUUACAUGCUGUGGUGUGUGUGCUUUUCCUGCGAGUGUGCCGACUGUUCCUGGACAGGACCUCCAGCUUGGUAGCAGCCUUGCUGUUUGCUGUUCAUCCCAUCCACACUGAAGCUGUAAGUGUACUUUUUUUUUUUUUAUAAAGAAAGGUUAUUUAUUUAAUUUGUGUGAUUGCAGAGCAAGGCUUUAAUGAAAACCCAAAGGGUGAAGAUUUUGUAAGUUCACAAAAGAGUGUGACUCCAAGAUGCUUUACAAAACAGAUGAUCUAUACCAUACUCUAUUUACAAACGUAAGAUGGGAUCAGAUUGAGCCCCAUCUUGUAAGAUCAUGCACUCCCAUCCCAUCCCAUCUUCAACCACAUGAGUGGAGCACUUUGCAGUAUUUGGCAAGUCGCAGUGUAGAGGAAAAACUUCCUUUUAACAGGCAGAAACCUCAAGCGGGACCAGACUCAUGUUAGACAGUUAUCUUUCGCUACUGCACUGGGUUUAAAGAGGGGAGAGAGGGAGAUGAAGAAAGGGAAUAGUAUGUCUUCCUGCUUGUGUCCAUGCGUGCAGUCUGCACAGACACAAAAUCAGAUUCUUCCAAAAGCUAAAACUAGCAAGAUAUUUGUACACUAACUACUGAAAAGGUACUAAAACCCGGUAAAUUUUAUGAAAAACUGACUGUUUUGCUGCAGAGUUAAAUGAAUGUGUGAGUGUGUGAUACUCUGCACCUAUCCAGCAGACAAUAUGGACUGUUUUUUCCAUGGUUUCUAACAGUAUUGCACUUUAUUGAUGGUCCCUAACACUCAAACCAUGGCUGACUGUAUAGAGAGGCUUUUUAUCACAAACCAGAAAUUCAGUUGGUUUUGAUUAGUAAGAGUGGCAGCAGACAUAGCAAACCAAACCUCACGAGUUUCUUGAAAUGAUAUACAACAUUUAUUUUAAUCAACUUAUGAAACAUCUUUUGAAACAUGUAUUUUUGUCUUUAAGAGACACAGUUAAUGCAGAGAAGAAACGCAGCAAAGGGUCAUGGCUCGGAGUCUGUACUGAGGACUGCAGCCUCAGCACAUGGGGUGCUCUACUAAAACACCAGACCAGCUGUAGCCUGGCUUGAAGUAUCUUGAAAUAAGGUUAUACUUGGACGUGCUGUGUCAACAUUGUUUAAAUUGAGUAAAACCCGGUAUUUUGACUGGAACUGGGACAGAUUCACAGGGUAAGAUUGAGGUCCUUUGCAAAAUCAGGCAAAUAUGAAACAUUUAAACACAUAAUCACCGCUUAAAAAAGCUUCAGAUUACAGAGAAACAACAGCUGGAAAAUUAAAACCAAUUGAAUGUGUGAAAUUAGCAGAGUCCCAGCAUUAGGUCAUAAGUAGAUCUGAAUGAUUCCAUUAAUUUAGUCCAUUAAUUUAAUGUCUUGCUCUGACAUUAAGCUUUAUUCUUUCAGCUGCAACCCCUGGGGAUAGAUGUUAAACAAAAUGUUACAAAAAAAUUAGCUUGUUAAACACUGACUUUCAUAUUUAAUAGGCACAAAAUUCUUAGGCUUUCAUGAUUUAUUAGUCUGUGUGAAGAUUAACAUCAGAGAGAAGUAAAAGAACAUCGGCCUCAUAAAACAAAAAAAACAGUGAAGCAAAAAUGUUUUGUAGAUCCAUGACCCCAGUUGCCUUAAUUUUCUUGUGUGCAAAAAAGCUCAGGGAUCAAGAUAAUUGAUUAGCCGCUAUGCUGUGCCGUUAUAUAUCCUGAACUCCUGUUGCGAAUAUAACCUAGUCCAAUAUCAGACUAGGUGUGUAGCGAUUUUCACAAGCAAGACAUGAGCCAUCGUCUUAAUACUGACAUCCAUGAGUUAACCUUGCGCUCACCUCUCUUGCUAUAGAAUAAAUAUCCCACCACAGGCCAUCACAGGCAAGCAGCCACGACUAGCCUCAUUUAGAAACAAGCAAACAUAAAAGAACAGUGACUGUGUCCAGAAGUUCACCCAUUCCCAAAUACACAGGACAAAAUAACAGAGGACAGAACAGAGGACAGAACUCUGGGGAGCUUUAGACGCCAGAGAAAGCAAACACCUUUUGAGGUCCAUAAUGUUCAUGCAGAGUAAGUGAAAGGAGGCUAUAAGCCGUGUGUGUAUAUAUAUAACAUGUACAUGCCCUCAUUGAACUAUAGAGAGGGGAUAGGAAAUCACUUGCCUGCUGUUCACAAUACUGCAAAAACAUAACUGCCUCAGUAUUGUUCCAACAUGCCCACCAGCUCUGUGUGCAGGGUGGUUCUGUUUGAUUUUGAUCUGUUUCCCUCCUGACAGGUGUCCCUGUUUAUACCCCGAUCUAUCAGUGUUCAUGGUUUUCCUGAGGAUUCAUUCUAAAAAUCUACACCACAUGGUUAGCAGUUACAAAAAAAAACCUGUGACGUCACUUUAUUUUAACGACUCAAGUAAAGUGAAAUUACUUUUGGCGGAUCCUGCCCCCAUCACCACCAUCAUUUCAACCCCAACUGUUGAGACACUUAAACUCUGUCUGUUAACAGUCCCUGUGAGAAGAAAAAUCAUCCUCCUUCCUCUGAAUUUGGACAUGAUUGCCUUCAAAAGUAAUCACAAUAAUAGUUAAUCCUAAUAUUGUUCAUCAUCUUUUGUCUAUUAUGCUGAUGCGUCAUCCAACCCUCCAAAUAUGAGGUGCAUGCUUAGACUGCUGGGCCAGAGGCGCCCCUACUAGUAAAUAAUGUGCCAGUCUGUCAAGCUCUGUCCGUUGAUGAUACUUAUCUGUAGUUUCACAUAGAUUUAAAGCUGCAAUAAUCUGAUUUGUUGUAGGUCUGUACAGUUGCCUCCAGAUGGACUUUUCCAUGUGACCGUUGCUAAUGCCCCCUGUAAAGAAACUGAAUGAAUUAAACCGCUCCAAAACCAUUCACAAAUGUGAAUUGGUCUUGCUGAUGACUUAGAGAAGAGGCGUUUUCAACAGGUAGAAAAAGUCAAAAAAUUAAAAUUGAUCGGGGUCAGAUUUUUUUUUAUCAGAUAACGCAACUCACACAUGUACAGGACAGGAUCAACAAAGAGAGAAGGUACAACUUUGUCCAGGAAGAGUUCUUCACAGGCACUUUAAAAUGCUAUUUUCCUUGUCCUUGCUUUUCUUUUCCUGCAAAAUUAAAGGGGCUGACGUUAAAUGUUCCAAACAAUUUCUUGCAGAUUUAUAUCUUUCGAGAAGAGUUAUUGUGCUUUUCUGUAUUUACAAUAAAAAUGCAAAGUUACACGGUUUGGGGUCCAGACGAUAGGUAUGCAAAUUUUGAAAUUGCGAUGUUAAACACAUGUCGUAAUUAUCCUAGAACAUACAUAUAAACUGCUCAUAUCAGUCCAUUGGAAAAUCACAUGAGAAUCUCUCCGAGCCGUCUGUGAAAUUCUGAACUCCUGAAGUCAUUGCAUAAGGCUUUUCUAACUGGUUUAUCCGUGUUUCCGGCACAGCGGAGCGGCCUGCCUCAGCAACGUGUGAGAUAAUACGGGUUACUGCGCUGCUCCGAUUGCCUAACACGACCACAAAUAGAAUUUGUGGCCAUGUUAAGCGAGCGCUGUCCUCGAGUGCUGUCCUCAGCCGGCUUCCGUCGAACCUUUGGGGGGAUUGCAGCUAAAAUGAAGCGUUUCAGUCAGAGGCUGAAAUUAGUUUUUUUUUUUACAACACCAGAAACACGAGGUUUUAUUAAAAUCUGUAAACCAUGCAAAGAGGUUUUCAGAAAGGAAGCGUAGUUCCUGAAAAAGAUGCAUAACACCCCCUCUUUGAAUUUAACUCUCUAGAAUCUGAUCAGAACCGCAGAUCAUCUGAUCAGAAACAGGUGUCCCACAAAGCUGGGAAAUAGGACAACUGAUUUUAAAUGUCACAGCUCUACUUUAAAGCCAAAUUCAGUUGUGUAGACACGUAUUGUGAAUGUUAUCAGGAGCACUGUGUUUACUGAACUUUAUCAGAAACCCCAAACCUCCAGAUUAUCACUUGAACUCGAUCUUGUUCCAUAUAGAGCUUGUCGGAAAAGAAUCUUCCCCAAUUAGGACAUGUAACUCACCCUAUUCAAAGCAGCUGAACUGAUGACCAGACAGGCCUUGACCAGAGCAGAAAAACAAAGAAAACAUUCUGCUUCUUGUGGUGGAGUGCUACUGUUACACAGCAUGCCCCACUGCGCCAGUCUUCCUCGUGGUGUUCUGUAAUCUAUGCAGAGUCUCUCAGACUUCUUGAAUGGAAACAAUUUGCCUCACAAAUGAGCCCAUAGAGUUAGUCCAGCGAAUGCCCUUCAUGUUAUCGUCGUCUGGAAUCUCUCUCUGAACGGAUCAUUUGUUUUUGAGUCAUGCUCCAAGCACUGAAGGUCCCUUCAUGAUAAGUCUGCACAAAGGCUUCCUGUGUCCCCCCCAUAUCUUUCUCUGUGGGUUUUUCAGUUAUCUGUCAUUGAAUGGGCGCUUCUUUCUUUUCCAGCUCAAAGUAUUUUCAAAUACAAAUUAUUUAGUGUCAGCAAGAGUAAAGAGGGGGAUUAUGGGGGUAAUAACUCAUUGCGAAGCUGUGCCCCGGUCCUGUACAGACAGACACACAGAAUAUGUGGUUUGUGGUCAGUGUAAUUAGACAAAAAUCAGGAAGAACAUGUCGGGGACAUCUUUCCUGGGAGGGAUUCAGCUAUAACAGAGUGAGGGAGCUUUGAGCACAUGCACUGCAUAGUUUUUAGAUUUAAUUCAGUACAUCUCGCCAUGAAUAUCAAUAUACCCACUUCCUGUUUCUUAUAAAGGCGUCAGCUUGAUCACGAUCGUGACAGAACCAUGCUGUCAUGUGUACAGAAUGUGGUUUGGCACAUCAUGCUAACAUGUUCAAGGGCUUCCAUAAAAAAGGCAUUAACUGGACGGCAGCGUAUGUUUUUCCAAAAUCUGUCUGUGUUGUGUAUUGCUCUUAAUUUUGAUUAAUCAGACCGCAGGGCAGUUCUUCACUUUGUUAAAUGGGCCCCGAGAAGUCGCCUGUGUCUCUGGAUCAUGUUUACACAUGGUUUUCUUUUUGCAUUGUACAGUUUUAUCCUUAAUUCAACACAUUUUGAUCCCAGACAGCGGUUUUUGAAGUGAUUUUGAGCCAAUUCAGUGAUCCCCACUCUGGAGUCAAGUCUGUUUUUAAUGCAGUGUUGCCUCAGGGCCCAAAGAUCACAGCCAUCUAGUGUACGCCCCUUUUGUACGGAUAUUUUUCCAUAUUUUCUGAAUCCUACAUGGUAUUAUACGCUGAUAAAAACACUAAAUCCUUUUCUGUUUCAUACAGAAGAACAUAAUUCUGAGCUUGUUUAACAUCCCGCAGAAAUGUGUUUGAAACCAUUUCCAUGAAGUCCUCAUUCUGACUUUGCCCUCGGGGGAUGCACAGUAGACACUACAGAUUUUUUUGUCGUGUAGUGUGCGAUGUGGAGUAGCUGUUGUUUUAGGGUUUAUCUACAGGUCUUUGGUCACGGUACAAGGGAGACUGUUGUUCCUUCCACACGAGGGCACUCAUCAUUUACAGAAAUGACAGACGUUUCUGUCAGGGAACUUGAUUUAUAUCUCUGUGCCGUUUGCUGUGAUGGUUUACCUGAACAGACCUGUUUUUGCAGCUGGAUUCAAGGGCCUCUGCAGACUGCCAGUUGCGGACACGUGUGCUGCUCUGAAAGUGUGUAAAAAAAAAAGAAAGUGUCGCUUUGUUAUUUUUUGAUUUUCCUUUGGACUCGAGGUGUAUCCGGAGAAAUAUCCUGUUGCGGGAUUCUUGACAGCUUCAUGCAGGUUAAAGAUUUAUGGAUGGUUUUUGUUGACCCCUGGAGGUGAAUGGUCUGGUGUUGGUGGGAGGCUUUAAAUACUUAAAGAGUCCAUGACAAAUAAAGCGUUGAAUUCAUAGAUUUCCGUUUGACAUGGAGGGCAAUGUUCUUACUCUUUUGAACAUUUAUUAUUUUAACUGAAGUUUACAUUAUUUCUCUAUUUGCACCACAUGAGGUGAAAUAUGAAACUAAUCCGUAUGAAUGACUGCUUUCACUUUUUCUCUCCUGUAGGUCACAGGUGUGGUCGGCAGAGCUGAACUUCUUUCGUCAAUAUUCCUCCUGGCUGCUUUUCUGGCCUACACUAAAUCAACAAGUGCAGACCACUCCAUAGGUAAGCCUCAUGUGCCUCUUUAAUUUUUGCUCUACAAAAGAGGAGUAGGGCCACUUAAGGAGAAAAAAAAAACAAUUAUUGGAAGGAGAUUAAAGUCGAAACUUUGAGAUCAAAGUCGAAAUUUCCGGAUUAAAAAAAUCAAAAUUAUGUCAAUUAAAUCAAAAUUUGGAGAUUUAAAAUUUCAAACAAAGGAAGCACUUCGCACAUCUAUAAAACAAGACAGGUGCGUUGGAGAAAAAAGACCAAAAUGUAGCAAAGGGAUUCCCGCACACUGUCCAACUUGCAAUCAAUCAUUUAUUUGCAACGUUUCAGCACUAGACCUUCAUCAGGCAAACACUUUUUUGUUCAAGAGAAGCCGUCUUAAAGAGGGAGUGGUCGUUUCUCCAUGACCAAUCCCAUUCUCACGCGUAAACACAGAGGGACAAAACCAUCAUUGGGUAAUUUAACCAAAGAGAUAGCAAAUAAACAACAAAACACUUUGUGUGACAUCAGUCUGAAAAAAUACCCACAUGUCCAGAGGAGAAAUCCAUAACAUAGUGAAUCGAUUAUAAAUAAAUCAGUAUUUUAAAAUAUAUAUUUUUUAGAAGUUUACAUUGUAAGUUAAAAACAGACAUAUUUAAUGAACAUAUCUCCAUAUCUUGAACAAAAGGGCACAUCUAUCAUCAAAAUAUACAUCUAAUAACAAUGAUCCGAAGUUCAUUUUGUGUAUUUUGAACUACACACACUUCACUGACAGUGAAUGACAACAACAGAAAAAGUCAUUCAGAUACCGACAACUAGAUAGAUACUAGAUGUUGUCGGUAUCUGGAUGACUUUUUCUGUUGUUGUCAUUCAACAAAAUUAAAAAUUGAAAUUUCAGGAUUAAAGUCGAAAUUUCGAGGUUAAAGUCAACAUGAAUUUCGACUUUUUAAAAUUUCGGCUUUAAUCUCGAAAUUUCGACUUCAAUCUCAAAAUGGAAAUUAAAAAAAAUCUCCCUCCUCUAAUUAUUUUUUCUCUUUUUGGGGCCCUGAUCCUCUUACAUAUGAGUCAUUAAAGCUUAAUGAGUGAAAAAAAAACUUUCUUCUUUAUCAAUUCAUGCCUGUUUUUCCACCAGGAUAACAUUCAUAUAAUUUUAAACUCAUAUGGUAUCAUACUGACUUCAUCUCAAGAGCUUUGACUUAAUUUGAUGAUGUCAAUCAUAAAAUAACACACCACACCUUCACUUGUGGUAAUGUUAUUGAUAACUAUAGCUGUUCUACCAGUUACAUUUUGUCACAGGCUGUGAUCUAACUUAUUAUAUAGCUUAUUCAUACUCUUGUCUUCAUAACAUCAAAAAUUAAAGGCUUGUAUUUGGUUAUGACGUGGACUGAUGUCACUGUUUAGUCUCUUUAUCAUCAUGCACUACUCUGUCCCUUGGCUUUUCAGUCGCGCACACACACCCCUCCUUCCUCCUGCUUCUCUCCCUGCUCUCUUUUCUCCACCUGUUGCCCCAUGAAAGUUUCCACAGCUGCAGCACAACAUGUUGAAAAGAAAACCAUCUACCUUUUAAAUUUAUUGGCAUCUGCAGCUUCCUGGCAUAGCUACGCAUAGAUCUGAGCUAAUAAUGGUGAAAAGCUAUUUGACAAGGUGUGAUGUGAAGGCAGAGAGUAAGGGUGUGUUCAUUCGCCUUCAUAGAAUAAAAUGAAUGCAACCUGUCAAAUGGCACAGCUAUUGUUUAUGAUUAUCAUACUUUUAUUAUAAUGGGAAUCCAUAAUUGAAAUUGUAAUUUAAAUUCCAUGACCUGCCUUGUAGACAGGUAUUUGACUGAGCUUUGAGUUCUGUCAUGUUGUUGUUACCUUCAUUUUGUGUGAGGUUGUGUCAGUUGAAUGUUUGUCUCAGUCUGUGACAUGAGAGGUUGGGAUCAAACCCAGAGCCCGAGGGAAAACUGUCAGUGCAGGGUUUCCUCCAGGAUUUUCUAAAACUGCAGGGGAGGGCUCUGCAGGUCUGUCUAUACCUACAUACAAAAACAAUUAAAAGUGAGGAGUGUCAUACUAAUGUAGAAAAGCGCUUGAACCUCUACUACAGAUGAUACAGUAAUGAUGGUGGUGGUAACCUAGGAGACCAGGGAGGGUCACAGGUCAUGCUCAUGCGCAAUAUUGGUCUUCUUCAAUGUUGCUUUUGAACCGUCCUCCAUCUCCUCACCUGUCUUUUCCUCUUAGAUAUGGACAGCCCUAUCAUUAACGUUAAACAUUACUGUUGCGAAAGUUGCAUUAUUAACAUUGACAUUAGGGUCAAUACCUGUCUCUCACUCUUUUCUCUAUUUCUCUAUCCGCCACUCUCGAGAAGAACCGGACAGGAAGUUGAGAUUCGGGUGUUUGUUUUUCAGAAUUAAGUCAUUCACAGAGACGUGUCAAAUUUCAUGAGUACAAUUCCACACUCUUAUUAUGACCAGAAAUUUGUGCAAACAUAGACUUUAUGUUUAUAUGGAUCCAUUCAUAAUAUAUAAUUACAUUUGAAACAUCUGGGGAAAAAAGAGAUUAUAAAUCUGAAGGCAUGGUGGCUUUUAUUUUGGCGUGGCAGUGCACCAUGAUCAUUAACAUGGAGCGGAAACCUUAUAGUGUUUAGAAGCCAAGGGCUGACAUAUUCCUGGAGGGAGCUUGUUCAUUCUAAUUAAAUGUUAUUUAGCUUAAUGCCAAGAAGUUCUUAAAUGUCUGCUGUAUUUUCUUGAUUCAAGUUGUGUGACUUUGCAGAACAUUUGAUUUCGGUUGCUAUAACUUUGUUUGACUUGUUGUGAUUGAGUGUCACUUUUGUUCUAGUCCUAAUUUGCCUUGUUCUGUAUGGUUGUGGUUAGUAGUUCCUCUGUGUCCCUGCAUGGAUGGGAAACUGUCACACAGUCAAAGUUUGAGGCUUGUUAAUUGCAACCCAAGAAAAGUUUCUGUGGUUCAAGACACUGUGACCAUCUGUGAUAAGAUACUCCCAAACUUUUAAUUGGGUUUUUUAUAGUUUGGGUUUUUUUUUUUUUUUUUUUUUUUUUAGUUCUUUGUUCUAUUCGAACUUCACAAACUUACAAAAGCCGUCUAAAGAUGUCUUUGCAAACUCAUGCUUGCAUACUCCAAACGUGGUUGGGUGUCUCAACUGCUGCCCACUUCUGACUUAUUUUUUCAGGACUUGUUUUUAGCUGAAAAAAGAAAGCAAGACCACCAAGAACGAGACUGACAACGUCUAUAUUGAAACUUUAAACGCUGUUUGUUCAGGUUCAGUCUGAUUUAUAUUUGUGUUAGCAGAGCUAGCACCACCGGCUUUUAGUCCUCCCUGUAGGUUUAUGUCCACAUGCUCUGUUAAGAGGUUAUGCGCUUGAUAAACCAGACACAGGCAAAUACUACCAAACCACAUGCCAACUAUCAUGUGCUUGUUUAACAUUUGAGUAGCAGAGUGAUGUAUUUACAUUUUAGAGGUUGUUACCAUUGACUCUGUAUACUAUGGACAACUUGGCUCUGCCUUCCGUCGUUUAACGAAUUUGAAGCUGAAUUGCUCUCGGUAUUUUCUCUACUUCCUGGAACCAUCACUUGCUCAGUAGUAUUGUUUGCAUUUGGGGGAGAGUCACCAAGAGUAGCUGUGAUGACGCUCUGCUCAAAAGCAAAACCCCCCGGGUUAGCUAUGUAAACUUCUGUAUCUGGCUGUAUCAAGUGUCAAUCAUAGAAAACAUGAACCCCCUAAUAACUUUUAAAAAUGGAGCUGUACAGAAAAAAUAGGACUUGAGCACAAACCAGUCUUACAGUAACUACAUGUUGACAUCACAACCACGAGGGAGAAAAGUUUAUAUUCUGUGUAUUAAAUUUCUAGUUUGGCCACAGCUCCAUAGGGAUUGCUGGAGGAGGUGGGAUUUAUGACCUAUACAGCAACAGAGGGCGCUGUUAUCGGGGUGGCUUCAGCCAGCAAAGAGGCAGACGCUGUCCAUUGUAAAUAUAGUCUAUUGUUGUUACCAAGUAGUAACUCUGGUUCUGACAGCAAGGAAAACGACAUUUAAUCCUUUAGUCCUCUAAAUGUGCACGUCUCUCAUCUGUGUCUCGUCACAGGCCUCAACAAUAACAGUAAUGAUUCCCAUCCUCUGGUCUGUAGGCAGUUUAUGAGUGCAGAUCAAGUUGCAACAUUUCAGUCAAGUUUUCUCCAAAUUCAUCUGAUCAUUUGCGGAGCCUUGACAAAGCUCAGGACAGAUGCAUCAGAACUGUGCUGCACACCUGAUUUUUUUGACACAGUGAUUUCUGACCUUCACAGACACACCAGUAUAAACACUGAUAACGCCAAAGCCCCUUUUAUUUACUGGACUGAUUUCCCAAAUACCUUAAUGCAUUUUUAAGGCAUUACUCUCUCCUUCAUGUCAUAAAUUCACCAACUAAUUGCUUUGAUACUGUUCUGUGUUUUGGCCACAGUCUACAAAGUGGUAUCAACAGUGAGCUGUAGCCGCCCAGUGAUAAUGAUCGUGAUAGCGCCUGCAAGGCUCUCGCCCUAAUGUGUUUCCAUCGAAAGCGUAUCGAUCAUUCUACAGCACGGCUUUUCUUUUUGCGGGUUUGUUGUCUUGGACUCUCCUGCCAAGUUUCUGUCAGCACUGUUUCCUCAGACACCUGGCAGCUCCUCCACUUUGUGUUCCAAAUCUGAAGCUUCAAAAGACCCGAUGGUUGAACUCACUGCUCCUCUCUGAUGAAAUGAUUCAUUCGAUCUGUUCUCGUUAAUUUAGACAGUUGAAGGUAUCAAAGUUUACAACUAAAAUGUCGAGUCCCAUCGCCAACGAAGAAUGAAAAUGCUUAGAGCUUAGAGAAAAUAAUGUUUACAGGACAGGCUUUGAUGGCGUUGUAAAACUUGAUGGAUGGAUGACAAAUUAUGUGCUUGGCUAGUGUGAGAUACAUCCCACAACUGUCUUGACCCCACAGUGAUUUAUGAUGCCCAUGCUGCCAAUAACACAAUUCAAGCUUCCACUCUUUUCACACUACAUAAUUUAACAAUGUGAAGCUUUUUCACAGUGUUAAAACCACUUGUUUUUUAAAAAACAAUGAAACAUUUAUUUCAGUGUUUAUUAUCUGCUUUGUUUUAUGUGAUGUUUUUUAUUGUUUUUAUGUCUGAGUUGUUUUUGUCUUUUUAUGUACAGCACUUUCUUUCAGAUGUGGUUGUUUUAACCCUCAGGCACUCCUUUUAAAAAAAAAAAAAAAAAAAAAAAAAAUCACAUUGGUGGCUUAGCAGAAACUUUUGUUCAUAAAUCUUUUGACAUAAAGACACACAUUUAAAAAAAAAAAAGGAAAGAUUUUUUGAUUUUUUUGGGGGGGUUUGGUACUUAACUCUUGUCCUCUUAAUGUUUUAGGGGUUAAAUUACAAAAAUGAUGUCAUAUUUUUUAUAAUUUAACCCCUUAAAUGCCAGUCAAAAUAUAACAAUAUUAAAAGACAAAAUAUUAGAUAUUUUCUAUUUGAAAAAUGCAAAUUGUUGGAGGGGUGGAGGGAUAAUCAGUUCGGGAUCCGUCAAAGAUUAUUAACAACUAUCAUUUUGAUGGACAAUAUAUACUUUUUUAAAGUUAAAAAAAAUACAAAAAAAAACACAUUAGUGCACAAAAAAAUACAGUUUGUAUUUGUAUAUAUUGACAUAUUAAAAACAUAAGGAAAUUGUUCCUUUUUUUUUAGUCCUUACAGUGCUUUAUAAAUAAAGAUGAGUUAAUUUAAGUUGAAAGUUAAUAUAAUGAAAAUGUUAUAUUGUCUGUACACCCCACUAGAACAUAUAUAUAUAUAUAUAUAUAUAUAUAUAUGUGUGUGUGUGUGUGUGUGUGUGUGUGUUUGUUUUGUUUUUCCGGUAGAAAGAUGCUUGAACGACUGCAUUGUUUUGACACAUUUUUCUCCUUUGUUUCAGUUUGGACUCCCAUUGCUCUGACAGUCAUCCUAGUGGCUGCAGCGACACUUUGUAAGGAGCAGGGAAUCACUGUCGUCGGCAUCUGCUGUGUCCAUGAAGUCUUUGUCGCUCAAGGGGUGAGGCUCUUAAAUCUGGCCGCUCUUCAUUCCCAUAGGUUGUCGAAACAUGUUGGCAUUUCCCUGCAGAGUUCAUCCAAAACACAAAUGCUAAUAAAAGUGUGAAAAACGUCAAGAUUAUUCUAUUUGGGUAUUUUUACUCUUCUCAGUUCACCCUGCCCAUGCUGCUGGAGACGCUCCGGCAAGUGGUGCUGGGCAAAGACGGCUUUCCCUACGCUGUGCUGCAAACUCUGCUGAAACUCAUCGUCCUCGUCAUCAGCACCCUGCUGUUGGUCAUCGUCAGGGUCCAGGUCAUCCAGUCCCAGCUCCCUGUCUUUACCAGGUAGGGAUGGGUUUUUAAGAGUAUGAAUGAGAAUCUCAAAGAUUCUCAUUCAUACUCUAAUGAGUAUCACUCUCCUCUCUGUUAUUCUUGUCAUUCAUUCAAAAAAUAGGCAUGGCAGGGAAAAAAAGGGUAGUUUUUGUGUUGUUUGCCAGAAGAUGUGCUCCUGCAUGACUGAUGCAAGAGAAGGGAUUAGGCACUGUAAAUGGAGGUGAUUUAAGCUAAUGCAGUCAUUGUGCAAAGAGUAGAGCAGGAGUAUCAGCAUUAAGAGUGUACAGGAGAGACUAAUCUUCCAGUUGUGUAAACAGAGAUUUUACAUCCUGACUCACCACCUGGUCUGAAGGUUUGAAAACACUCAGAAGACACUCACACCUGAGCACGAUCAUCGAUUUUGACAUUGACAUCGACAAACAUGGGAUCGCUAAGUCUGCAGGGAAUCAGGGUUUUUCGUGGUGUCAGUUUAGUCCACAUCCCUGAUCAGGAUGGUCUCUAACUGACAGCUAAUCUCCAAUAAAAGAAGGAGUUAAUACAAAAAAGAGGGGGAGGAAGAUGUAGGAUGAUCAUGUGAGGCAGAGCUCAGGUGAUUGAGAUAAAUCAGAAUUUUAAACGCAUCAGAUUGCAACAGAUUUUAAAACUCGACCGGUUUAAAAGUGACUUUUUCUCUGAAUAGUUUCCUGAAAAAAAUACGAAGAGAUUACUUUCAGGGACUUUCUAUUACCUUGUUGGUGCAUCAGAUUGAAAUCCGCCUUUAAAGGCCCAGCUUUAUCGCUGCUGUAUAUUGUGUCGAGCCACGGGGCUGUGGAAAAUAUUCAGUCAUGAUACAAAUGUAAAUGGAUUAUAGAGUUAUAUAAAAACAUUAUUCUAGUCUGACGUUUUGGUUUUAGAUUAUAUAAUAGUUUAUAUAAUGUAUUUAUUUAUUUGAUUGAAGAGGAAAAUCUUCCCAUGGCCUCUGACUUCCUUCAGCUGACUGACGCGACUAACAGGCCCACGUCGAUUUGUGGGGCGCAGAGCUCAGCAUCCAAAUCAAUUUCAGCUCCACUCGGAUUGUUGUUCUUACUCAGUGUAGCUUGUCAUUGUUAAUCUCAAAUGUAAACAGUUCGCACAUCCAAUCAGAUCAAACCUGAUUACAUCGUUUUAAUCCUCUUACAUGACCAUGAACUUGAGAACCGAAAAAGCUGCCGGGUUUGGUUUGAUGUUCCCCCCUUUUGUUCCUUAAAUGCUCUCAGAUAAGUUGGUAGCAUCCUAGAAAGACACCGGGCAACACUAAUAUUUGAUACUACACCUGUUGGGCUGACGUAUGCUAUUGUGUGAUAACUAUUGUGUCAGUGGGGGUAAAGGAGAGAUUGUUAUCACUGUAGAGGAAUUUUAGGAUUAACAUGAUAUCUGCAAAGAGCUCAGUAUGAACUUUCCAGAGGCUGUGAAUGACGUCUGUGCAGCGCAUGACACUUCACAGUUAAGGCGUGUCUACUUGCUUGAAAUAAAAAAACUAACCUAGUUUAAUUAGGCAACAAGGCAUUCAAACUCUUAAUAAUCCAUUAUACCAGCAUAUUCAGCCGCUUGAAGUGGCUUGCCACAUGAUCCAACAGAGGGUGCACUUAUGAUAACCUAGCCAAUCCACACACCUCUGACUAGUGUUGGGUACCGUGAAUAGGUUCCUUUUUUUGAACCAGUUCCUAAUGUUUGGUUCCGGAAUCAUUAUGCAGGUUUUUUAAUCUCCUUUUUUUUUUUUUUUUUUUCGGUUCCAAUUGCCCGCACUAGUUUGUGUAUUACUCUGCUCGGCGUUCUCUGUGCGUCCAUUAGCAAGAACAUCACUUGUCUGAACAUGGACUGUAGAAAAUGCUCGAAAGUCUAACUUCACUUCAAUUUUAAAAGAGGAGGACGGAGUUGCACAGUGCAACAUCUGCAAAAAACUAGCCCAUGUUCUAGACGUUAGCCCAUGUUCUAGAUUGACAAAGAUUGAUAUUUGUAUAUUGGUUGAAAAUAGCCCUGUGUGAAAUUAAUAGUAAAGUUCAUAAAAAGUUUAUAUCAUUUAUAAAUGCAUGGAGAAGUUCAGACACUUCACCCAAAAAGAACUCUGGUUAGCGCCCUCAUUUAAACCAUGCUUUUUUCAUUUAUUUAUUUUUUUAAUCCUGCCUUAUAAAAGAAUUGAAGUAGUUAGGAAUUCGAAUCAAACCGAAUCGCACCGAAUAGACGUUCACGACACCAAAAUAUCUGAGAAGUGCUGUGUGAUAGUAUUCUUGGUGUUAUACCAUAGAUGUAAAACUAAAAGACAAAGAUCGGGACGUACAGUAUACUGCCUUUUUACAAAGCAGCUAUCGUACUCGUCAACAUCAUGUGAAGCGGUGACAGAGAAGGCAUCAUUUAUGAACAACACAACAGCAACUGCUAAAGAGACGGCAGCUUAGAGAACGUGCUUCAGACGGAGGCUGAAAUAAUGGUUCUUUAAUACACCAGUGUGAGAAACUUCCGGCUUUUUUUUGAUCGGAACAUCAUGUGAAAGAAAGAGAAAAGCCUAAAACAAAAAUAAGACCUUUUUCAAUGAAAAUAACUAUUUUCAAAUCAGACAAUAAUUAAUCUAAUUUAGAUGUAAUACUGUAUGACUAAAGAUAUAUAAUAAGUCGGCAUGGUGCACCUAACAGCGUGUGCUCUUUUGCACCCUAAAGUAAAACACAACACAAACAGAGCUGGUGAAGGACCACCGCCUACAGAAAACUGCAGCUUUAUUUAAACUGGAAAACAGCAGAACUGGCACAUGUCUUACAUUGAGCCAAUCUCUACUAAAUGAGCACAAAUCAGCAGAGCAAAGAGCAGAAAAUCAAUGUCUAUAUGUCUGUAAAUUUAAUUUGGUGCACAGCAUGUCUUUGUAACAGAGGACAGUGAAAGCUGGAACACACCAGGAGACAGUCCGGAGGCAAUGGAGGAAUAGAUGUUUUAUUAUUUAGAUAAAGAUUUGGAUUAACUGAAUAAUAAGUCAGAAGCAGUGUUCUCUUUAUUGGAUAAUGUGAUGAUUGAGCACAAACUAUUUUGGCUGUACAGGGAUCCACGCAGACUCAACCCAACGGGAUUUGAUUAUGAAGAUAAAAUUCCAGACAAUUAGCCCUAGAUGUGCUAAUCCUCCAGCCAUAAUCCUGGAGACGUCUCCAGAUUGUCUGAGAGAAUUUCUGCGUUCGAGCCAUAACAAUAUAGCAUUUGCAGAUUAUCGACAUACCGGUAGUGAUUAAAUUUCACAGAAGUCAUCAUUUGAAACAAGUUUGGUCUACCCAACUGUGCAAGAAGGCAUUAAGAUUCAAAGGACUAGAUAUGUAAGAGAUCAGUUUGCGCAAAGAGCAGCAGUUUCUCCAUAUUUGUUGACAGUACAUGAAAUAUUCACACGUAAUAGGGCUUUUUUUUUUCUUCUCUCCUUCCAAGAAAUAGUGAACGCUUUACGCUUGUAAAGCACUUGAAUAGGGUUCUCAGUUUGAAGCUUUGAAGACACAUUCCUUUUGUCCUUUUGUAGGUCAGCACCAAACUCAGCAUUCAAGAGUGUCUUGUUUUACCUGCAAGACUCAUUUUUAUGAUUUCCAAGUAAAACCAAACAUCUGCCCUACAUCCCUAUCUUGCACGACAUCAAGGAAAGUCCUUGUUUUCCUACAGCACAAGGUAAUAGAAUAAAGCAUUUUAGUCAACCGACGCCUAGUUAUCACUUGGUUUUAUCACUUGCAGCAGCUGAGCCCACAGCCGUUAAAACCCGACAAAACAUGAUGGUUCUACCUCUUUAAGCUUGUUCAGUCUUGAUCAGAAGGUCUACUUGUAGUUAUUUGUAGUUAACUGUGAACACUGAGAGGAGGGCCCUGACUCAAAAGUAAACUUGACAACCCACCCUUAAGCUAGCUGCAGCUCAGUUAGCUAGUGAUGGGAAUUACAGCUCUUUUUAGUGAGCCGGAUCAUUUGGCUCAGCUCACUCUUUCGGCUCCCUAACGGCUCUUCAUUUGACCACUUGUACAUUUUCUAAUUAAGCCAAAUUUAGCGUUGUUUGGCUUAUGAUAUGUAUGUAUGUGUACACAUACCUCUUAAAUAAUUCAAUACAUCCUUUGUACUGAAGUAUUCACAAGUAAAAAUAAUGUUUUCUAAUACCAGUAAAUUGCUGUAGCCAAUUGUUUUCAUUGUAUUUACAGACCCUUGUAACUCUCUGAAACCGCCCAAUGAAUGCUCUGGCUUGCUUGUAAAACCACUCUGCUACACAAGGCAGAUCCCUUCAUUCUGCUUUGUAGUUUCCUUUUCUAUGGUCUGUGGGGGCAAAAAAGAGAGAAAAAAAGAAAAAAAAUGUCUCACAGACGGGAGCUGGCACCCAUCGUUCACGUUAAAGAGCCAACUGUUUGAACCGGUUCAUUCACGACUGACACAUCACUACAGUUGGUGGCCUCCUGACUUUCUUUUCUUUUCUUUUGUCAAAGAAAAAUGCAGUUUUUUUGCUAUUAGAGAUGGAACAUUCAUGAACGAGUCAGUUCUUUGAACAGCUCUUUUAAGUGAAUGAUGAGAAACGGUUCACAGUGACGAGCCGUUUGUUGGCUAGCUGUUCAUAUAUUCAAAAAUAUUCAUGCUGCCUUCAUGUGUCACGUGUGUGCCCCAGACACAAGGUAAGGUAGUACAAUUCUGCAUUCACAUUUCUGUCACAUCUUAAUUUUAUCAGUUAUCUAUCAGCCGGCGUAGUUUUUAUUGUGCCACGUGUUUUAGGUGAGGGAAAAUUUCAAAGUAGUGAACUCGCUGUCAAAGCAUGGGGAUAAAAACAAAACAAAAACACAAACGAAAUGAAAUUUUAAUCAAUAUUUCUGAAUAAUUCCUACCCAUAUGCACCCCUGGUUGACUUCUAAAAAAAUAAAUCAAUAUAACGCUGAGCCAGUCUUUUGAACGGCUCUUUGAAAGGAACUACUCCUCGAGAUCCAGCUCCCUUCAAAGAGCCAUAAAUCCCAUCUCUAGUUGCUAUGGUUCUGCUUGAUUUAGUGUUUAACGGAGCAGUUUAAACACAAAAAGUAAUGAUGCUUGUGUGUCCAAAUGUGGGUGACCUUUGGGGUUUCAUUGAUUUACGAGUUAAAUUAGCAGCUCUAGUACGUUUUUACUCAGCCUGUAAGAAUGGAAGUGUAAAUACUGACAUGUGGUUUAGAUAAACAUAAUCACAUCCUUUUGCUGUCUCUUUUGGCACACCGUAGUUAAGCCACCACAGGGUCUUCCCGCUUCCUGCUGCUUCCAUUACAGGGAAUAAUAACACCACUGUGCUUUGACAUAGCACAUUUCACUUUGAGAAAACUCCUAAACGGCUCAGUUUACAAGUCAAAACAAAUAUGCACUUGUGUCAAAAUCAAAAUAUCACUUUUGAAUUCAAGCUACCACCUACAAGCUGAGCAUAUAGAAGGAGCUAGUUGGAUGGAUGCCAGCAGGCAACUGCAUCACAAAGACCAAAAGAUAAUGUUUAAGCAAAUCCCCACAGACUUGUGAACAAAAACAAAAUGAAGACGCUCAGUACAGCACCCACGGAUAUAAUGGAUGGCUGUCUUGUACCUCUAAGGUGUUGUUCUGGACCACUGUGGUGAGGCAGUCCAGCAUUUAUUUAAAUAACAUAUCUGAAACUGAAGACCAUAAAGUGCAUUUCAUUGAUUCCCAAGUGAAGACACUGCUGAGAAUUUUUUAAGACUGUUUCUGUGGGCUUGGAAGUGGCUCGAAAUGCAAAUCAGCGGAAAAGUGAAUGUUAUAAAUUGAUUAGAUAUUAAAGGAUUAGAUAUUAAAAUUCUGUUACGAAUCACAAUUUCAGAAAUUCAUCUUUGAAAGCCAAGAGGAGUUUUUCGAUCUACUUUCAUUAUUUAAGUUUCUUUUAAAGCUGUUUGAUUGGGACAAAUAACAUCCAGUGCAAACUUUAAAAAUAUUUCCACACUUGAAGUUAGUGGUGUCCUUAUAUGAUAUUGGUAUCAGAUAUCGGUGCUAUAUCAGCAAAAAAAACAAAUAUCAGAUUAUAUCGGCCUCCAUCAAAAAUAUCCGAUAUCGGCACUCCGAUACAAGCAGCCCAUUCCAGACUCCGCUCUGGCACCUCUAUCAAGCAGCACCUGGAUCCAGCAUGCAGAGCCCACAAAAUCACAACAACAGCGUGUACUAAGGUACUAACAAAGUAGUAAGGAGUAGGAGUGAUGUCGGCCCUGUGGCAGUAUUUUCAUUAAAGUCCGGAAAAGAUGUUGCAGCUGGGUGCAAAACUUGUUAUGCACAAAUUUGUGCCAACAUGGGAUCAAUAUCGUUAUCGGCUGAAACUGAAGGCUACAAUAUUGGUAUCGUAUCAGAAGUCAAAAAGUUGUAUCGGGACACCCCUACUUGAAGUCUCAACGUACAUUUCUAAAUGCAUUUUUUUACGAUGUGGACUCAGCCAUUGCUGGCUUGUUACAGCAUGUUUUCCCCACAGCCUCUCCUUCCUCAUGCUCACUCUGCUCCUCUGCUUUACUACCGCACACCUACUCCUCUCCCUGCUCUGCUCUCUCCAUCUGUGGCUGCAUAAUGGUUCAUACCGCUGUAGCGAAAUAUGUAGGAGAUACAGCGACCUUCACUUUACACCCUGUAGGGCUGGUUAUAUUUACGAUGUUUGAGUAUAGAUUUUUACAGAUGCAUUGAUCCACUGGUUCCAGCCCUGGGCAUGGAUCCUUCUCCUCCUGUCUCUCUCAGUAACUUUUAAAGCUCAGUUAUUUAGUUUUCAUGAUCAUAUGAGGACAAAAUCGCAACUGAGAUUGAAAAUGUAUGAAUUGCCUAACUCGUGUGUCUGUGUAGAAGAUUUAUAUCUGCUAUCUGUCAUUUUUGGGGUCAAAGAAUAGCAGUAGUGAUGACUCAGUAAUUGGAUCUUCUUCCUUCUGACUCUUAAGAUGUCCUAUUUGGCAAUUUGUUGUAUGAUUAAGAGUCACAGAAAGAAAAUAUGUUCAAACUGAUUUUCAUGAAAAAGUUGAAUUGGAAAGUUGCCAAACACACACUCAAGACGAUAAGUCCUUCACAUUUAACCGCAGUUUGAACUUUCCUUAUCAAACAGUAACUUCCACACAAAGCAUCUUAUUUACAGAAAGAUCUAAAAGAAGUUGAGAAAGUUUGCUCCAGUUUCUGAAGGAAUGUAGACCAUUUUUAACCAUGAUGGCCUUUUCUUGGUUUCUAAAAUAAUCUCAAACUAUUUCCAGGGUUCAAAAAAAGUCUCAUAGUAAGAUCUCAUCCACCAACUUUACAGUUGUUAUGGUGAGUUUAGGGUUGUUAUCUUAAUAACAGAUUAAGAUUAAUAACAGGGAUAAUUUCUACCAGACUGGAUAUAAAAAGAGUGAAAAAGUAAAUCCAAACAUUAUUAUGUUGAACUUAGCGUGAACAUAUUUAAAUGUAACGUGCAGGCUCCAUCACAUGCCAUCCCUCCUUGCUUUUCCUGAUUUAUUACAUGCUUUGGACUGAUAAAGAACAAGAUACAAAAGCAGGUAUGUUGACAGGUUUUAAAUACUGCCGCAGAGUCCAAGCUAAACAAAAAUCAGUAGACGAUUUGAUAGAUACUUGGCCUCAGUGCUUAUUAUAGUGUAUCCAUCUCAGUUAAAGAGAUGGCUAAGAUGGCACCUCGGCAAGCUUUGAAGAAAGAGGACACUGUUAUCAACAAAUACAUAAAACCAAACAUGUACUAUUUAAUGGCAUAUCUUUAAUUGUGAUAGAUAACUAUGGAAGCCUCAGGCCAAAGACAGAUACUAUCAACAAAUACAAAUAAAUGUUAUCAUAUAGACAGUUGUAAAAAGAUUACAAACCACACAGACAUUCCAAUUGAAUCCUAAGCCUUUUCACAUACAGUAAUAUCCUCAGUUUUUCAUUUGGCAUGGAUCAUAAAUUUGGAGAUAAAGCUUCUAAUUUAUUAUCCCAAAUGUGAGGCCAAUCUAGAUUCGAGGAUAAAUGUGGGCGAGAAAAAAAAAGGAGUAAAAACAGAUUCUGCUUGUCCCUUUUCUUUGACCGGUUAACCGUUUUUUGCCAAAAUCAUGUUAUUUGUGUCAUUUUCAAGGGCUUUUCUUCUGCAGAGCUACAGUAGAUCAUUAUCAAUUCGCCUCUGAGUCGUGGGCGGAGACAGCGCUGUUCUGAUCCCUCCUCUUCAUGCUAGCUUGCAGUCUAACAGUGCCGGUGUAGUAGAAGUAGCAGGUAACUUAGGAGCUAUUUAGCUCUUGGACACUAAUGUCUUUGGGGGCAUGAUAAAAGUUAAUAUCAUAAUUAGCUUUCGUACAAGCUUUGCAAUCCACUAAUGCACACGCUUGUUCCACGAUCUUCCUCUCUACUUCUUCGAGUCUGGCCUCUAAAGCGGGGCUCCGGGGGGCGGAGUUUGCAGUUGUGACCUAGGAAAUCUCACCGUGUCUGAGCCUGAGAUUCACAGCAAUUUGAAUGCAGAAAUACUCAUGAUACUUUCCUCAUUAUAUGUCCUGUAGCAGCAGAAAAAAAGCCAUAUGAACAUUUAGACAACAAGAAAAACAUGAUUUUCAUCAGAGUGGGUCUUUAACCUUUAAUCACCCAAAUCCAAUCAAUAAGAGAAAAAGCAACAAGCAGGUUUUUAUUUAGUGCCUAGAAAGAACUAAUUGAAUUUUGCUGACCUGCAUGAUUUCCUGUUUUCGCCCUAUAUUUCCUACCUUGGAGCUAAAAGUUAGUUAAAAUUGGGCCAGCUGUUCUGGAUUGAUUUCAUGAUGAUUAUUAUCUUUUUCUCUUUAGCAUCCCCUCACAGUGUGAUCACAGCUUUGAUCUUUAUUUGACCAGAAAAUGAGUUUUAUUGGAGUUAAGGUCUAUUAUCUCCUGCUGACAAUAUUCAAAGAUUUACGUAAAAAAAAAAAAAAAAACUUUCCAAUCAUCAAAAAACAGAAACAGAGUCAUUCAACAUUUGGUCAAAGACUCGGCUUCAUAAUCGGUUUUAUAAUAAACUGAUGAACAAGAGUGGGACCCUGUUAGUGAGAUUUGGCCGUUAUAGUUUAUAAUCACAGUUUCAAGCAUGGUUAGGUUAAGAGACGAUGUUCUUAGCCAGCCUCGACAUGUUUAAUUAUAAGUCGAUCCACAGUCUCUGAAGUGGCUGCCCCACAGUCCCUGAAGAUAUUUUAUCUGGUGGAGGUUUUAGUGGCCCUGAAGCGCUUGGCAAAUACAUGUGCUAUGCUGUGUGACAGACUCUUGAAAAGGUCAGAAUCACAAGAGUAAAAAAAAAAAAAAACAAACCAAAAUGUGUUUGCAUGCCUAUCCAAGAUCUAAGUUAGCAGGGAAAAAACCUUCCCAAUUAUGUCUUAAUGCAGACAAACUCACCGUGUUCUUCUUGUUUCUCUUAAUAUGCUUUAUCUCUUUCUGAUCGCUGUCUCUCCUGUGUGACUUAGGUUAAAUCAAAUCAUCCAAACAUGGAUUUAAUUGGCUGGGCAGCAUCAUGUGCAAAGCCUGCAGCUGAUCUGCGUGUUUCCCACCAAUACUUAAUCGAAACUCUACGUCUGUUUGUCAUACCCUAUAAAGUUAUUCAGACAUUAAAAUCAUUUCCAUUUCAUCAUGUAAAAUAAAAGAAAAGACUUUUACUCUUUCUGCUUUUCUCGAGCUUUAUCGGUUUCCUAUCUUUGUCCUCUUUUAAAGGUUCGAUAACCCAGCAGCAGUCAGCCCCACUCCGGCCAGACAACUGACUUUCAACUACCUUCUUCCUGUGAACGCAUGGCUGCUGUUAAAUCCCUCUGAGCUCUGCUGUGACUGGACCAUGGGCACCAUCCCUCUGGUGGAGUCACUCCUGGACCUUCGUAACCUGGCCACCCUGGCGUUCUACACCUUCAUGGGCCUGCUAGCUUACCACAGCCUGCGCUAUAGACACAGCUCUGCCAAGACUGUCAUCAUGGUGAGUGGAGGUGUUGAGAGAUUAUCAAAAUGCUCUCUAAAACUCUGGGGCUGUAUUUUAACUUUGUAUCAUACUCAGUAAGAGGAAAAAUCUGUCCUGUUUUUCUGUGUACGGUCUAAAGUAUGAUUUAAUACACAAUCCAUGCAUCCACAUGGGCCUGGAGUGGUUCAAUGUAGUCUGUAAUAAUUCAUUAUGGAGAGUAAACAGAGGCUUCACUGUGUGGAUGUGUGUGUUUAUCAGACAGAAUAUAUUGUCUGCUCUUUGGGCUGUAAUCAGAGACUUGAAUCUGAACUUAAACUCUUAAUGAAGAGGAACCGCCAUGCUUAUGAGCAGUUUUAUUUCACUCGGUCUCUGUACUCAAUAAUUGACCUCCGCUCUGCUGCUCAUGCACAUGAUCCCUGUAGGGCUGCACGAUUUGGCCAAAAAUAAAAUCCCGAUUUUCUUCUCUAAAAACUCGAUUUCUAACUUUUUAUCAGUGACAACUUCACCAAACUCUAAAAAAGUUUUUCUAUCAUCUCUCAAAACAAAACCACUGAAAACAAUGCAGUGCAUAUGCCAGGCCAGUAAGUGGCGCUGUAAUGCACAAAAGACAGAAGAAGAGUACAAAGCAUGUGUAUAAAGGUUGUUUUGGCCGGACACGCGCAGGCGCCAUAAAAGAGUUACGCUGUGUGUCACAUGAUCGUUUCUAGAGAUGCAGAUAGACAUCCACACUGAGAUGAAAUGGUAGUCGUUUACAGAUUGAUUAGCUCUUUGACCCAUUUUCAACAAGUACUGUUUACAGUCACCGAAACACCAAAAAAAAUGUGCGUUUCCUCCUGAAUUCGUUUCCGUGUGGACGGGUUGAUAUCGCCUUCAGACAGACUUUGCAGUUGGGAGUGGUUUACUCUUCAUCCAAAAACUGCGAAGUCGUACCAAUUCCUCAUGACUGACUUUCUCUUGUCAUAUUUAGCCAGGAAAUUAUCGCCUUCUUUUGCAAACGCCAUGUUUGGUCACACUGGUGUGUGUGGGAAGUGGGGAGCACUCCCACAGGAAGGGCCUGGAGACACACGACACGAUAGAGAGGAAAAUCGAUUUGACGAUUUAAAAUUUUCUUAAUAUCCUCUUAAUCAAAUAAUCUGAUUCCAAUUUAAAACCGAUUUAUCUUGCAGCCCUAGACCCCAGCUUUCUCUCUCUCUCCCUGCGCACAACUGAAUCUUUUCCCUGCGUUUCUUAAGGACUGAUGGAAGUGAAAGAAGAGACAGUCAGAGGAGGAGAGAGAGCAGCAAGACUUUGUUUUAUAAAUGUUUGUGCUGUAAAAGUCUGCCCUUAUUUUCACUACACAGUAUUCAAGUGACCAGGAUGGCAGAGAUAGAUGGUUAGAUGGUUAUUUAGCAGAAUUCACUGUUUUAAGUUACACCGUUUAGAGAUUUGACUGCUGCAUUGGUGAGAAUACUGUGGUUGAGUUCUAGUUGUUCUGUUAGAGAAUCAGUAACCACUGUUCCAGUCGUUUAUGGGAAGACUUGAGGUGAAACACUUAAACCCAAAAAGAACCUGUGAGCAUUCACUUGAAAGUGUUGAGCUGUUUAUUACUCAACAGUCUGGGUUUUCUCAGGCAUGUUUCCUCCUUGAGUGUCAAAUAUAAUCUUUCCUUAUAAAGUACUUCCAUUUUUACUUUUAUAAGUUCUCAGACUGUAGGGCCUCUCUUCCCUCGGUUACUAAACAUGUGUUAAAUCACCUCGGACCGCUUAGACUUACAUGAAUAGUUUCAUGGGAUAAAAAAGGUUCACAAAUGAAAGACUUUCUUUUGUGCUUAUUUUUUCAGCCUCAAAAUAAAGACGUCGAACUGCACAUUACUUAAGAGUUUCUUGGAGAUCAAAGCCACAUCAAAAGUUUCACAGGAACUCGGGAUAAUGAGACUUAAUUCCGCUCCGCCCGGGGUCAGAACAAUUUAGCCAGUCUUUCAUUUUUCUAUUUCUUUGGAUGUGAUUCAUCGACUGUAGUGGACAUGUCUUUUCCAGACUCUCCACUUUAUUCUGUGUUAGUUUACCGUCGAUAACACUUGUUUUGGUCCUACUUUAGCAACUUAACACGGCCGAAUGAAUGUGUGAAUAUCUGAAUAAACUGGCAACAGAAACGAACUGUAGAUAGAGAGAGGAAUAGAUAGAUGGAUGGAUGGAGAGAACAACUGAUGGAUGGAAAAUAGAGUUGAAUUCAACCAAUCAAUCUUUAUUUUUAUAGCACUUUUCAUAAGCGGCACAAAUUGUUUUACAAAAAAGAAGAGAAAAAAAAAAAGAAGAAAAGAAUAGCCGACUCUCCUCCCACCCUAUCCCCGUCCUCAUCCCUUCAUCCCCACCCCACAAUCCAAGCACAACAGAAGUGAGUUUUAAAAUGCAUUCACUUAAAAAAACAAGUUUUAAAAUAAGUUAAAAAGAGCUCGAUUUAGAAAAAAACAGGCAUACGCACACUGAGGAAACGCCGUCUUAAAAUUCAAGAUGAGGAACCACUGGAGGUCGGGUUAAAAUCGUGAGAAAAAGUAACACAAAAUGAAAUUUAAGAACAAGGAUGUUACUACCAUUUUGGAUACAAAGCUGACAGAUUGGUGAUAAAAUGAUAGAUUUUCCAGACAGUUGCGUGCACACCAACAACAUCAGUGCUUCCUGGAGUGAUUGAUACCCUGUUGUGUUGUAUGACCAUGCUUUUUUUUGUUUUCAGUAAGAACAGGUAUGCAGGAAACCGAGCAGUCUGACAUUUUCUUCUUGUUGCAGCAUGUUCUCAUUUAGUCAUUUGAGAUGCACUCUAUGACUACAUGCCAGCAGAUAUUAUUUCAAUGAGUCUGCUCUGCAUGUUUAUAUUCGGCAUGUUAAACAAGUUUUACAUCUCCGUACCGUCUGUAGCUCCGCAAAACUUUUAGCCACGCCACGCACAUUUAUAUUGUAGAUUUUUUCCAAGAAAGAGAUUUACAGAUAGAAAGAUGGAAAGAUAGAUGACGGAUAUAGUGGUGAACAGAGGAGAAGAGGGACAGCUACAUGAAUAGAUAGAUGUUAUACAAAGAUUUACAGACACAGAGAAAUAACAGCCGGAGAAAUAAAACACAAGCCCUCACUUGAGCUCUUUGGAUAUGAACGAGUGGUGACUCUUCAUAGCGGCAAAAAGAAACAAAUUAAAAUCUGUUGUGCAACCGUCUCGCUCACUUUAAGGUCAGUAAACUUCCUCAGAGUGCUGCCCUUCACUUCAGCUUAGAAAAGGGCACCACAUAUCAACACAAAAAAUAAAAAUAAGAUAUGACCUCUGCUGUGUUUACUCUGGUUUGCUGGGAGUGUUUUGCAAGAUGUUGUGUAACAAUAUGAUACCACAUCAACCUACUUAGCUUCUUCUUAAGGCUGCCGCUCUCUAACGGGAGACAAGAGAUGCAUUAAGCUAUUUCACACACUGCGGGGGUUUGAUCCAAAGUGCUUUUUUACCUGUAGUGAUUGCUUUCUGCAGAGGGUAGAAUUUGACUUUUGUUUUUCUCCCUUCUUUUAUAAUCGGGUCACUGCCACGCUUAAGCUGAAAAUUACAAUUAGGACUUCCUGCAGCCAAAGUUGGAGGCUUCAUAUUUGGUGCAUUUCAUGCUACCUUUGACUAACACAGUUAAAUCAACCAAAUUUUUCAUUUGAAACUCUACCCAGUGCUGUUAGCGGAUAAAGAAAACCACCACAUUUGAAGCAAGAGGCCCUGAGGUGUCUGUUUAUCUCAGCUGUUAAAAGGUGCACCCCACUCAUAAAGUCUACUGUCUUCAAUGCAGGAAGCCCGGGCUCAAAUCCAACACAGACCUACUAUCAAUGAGACCUGAAAAGCUCAAAGUAAUCUUAGAGGAUGUUGCAGGAGUCUUAAUGCUUGAUCCUAGGAAUAAAUUUAAGGAAAUGUACUUAUCCACCAGCCUCCUUUUUUCAAACUGUAAGAAAAUGCCUUUCAAAUAAACACAAGUGUGGCUUUAAGAAAAGGUUGCAACUCAGAGCUGGGCGAUAAAACGAUAACGAUAUCAAAAAUUAAUUUCCCUGAAUAUCGAUAUGAAACAUGGUCAGUAUGCUUUUCGAUAGCCGGCAUUCUGCCAUGUUUUGGUAGACCAUACGAAUAGCCAAUAAAAAGAGGAUUUGCUCUGGGCCCGCUUCACGCUGAACCGGUCAUGUGUUGAAUUAGAACCAAACAACUGCGUAGUAGCAGGCUGCAGCAACACGCCCCCUAGCAUUUUAAGAAAAUAAAAAAAGAGUUCCACCCCCGGCAGAAACGCAGAUGAAUGCUCAACAGAUGACGACAUUGUCACGAAAACAUCAGUGGUGUGCUGCAAAUUAUGUCAAGUACAUGUUACCGUAAAGUCGGGGAAUACCUCAAAUCUUUUUCACCACCUGAAGCCAAACGGCAGAGCACGUGCAAUGCAAAAGUUUACAAACCAAGAACAGAGCAAGUGUGAAGCAGCCCACGGCGCCUUUGCGGUUAGGAACAGGGAACAUUUAAGAUUGACAGGUGAUUUUCUUAUAUUGUGAUAUAUAACGAUAUCAACUGGUAUGAAAAAAAUAUAUCCUGAUAAACUUUUCCCAUAUCGCCCAGCCCUACUUCAACUAGAAGUCUGAACCAUACAGUUGCACUAAGGUCUGUCAUCUAUAAAGGAAAACAGCUUAAAAUUCUCACGAUAAAAAUUUUUUGAUGUUUGUAAAAAAUAAAAAAUGACAUGAAAAUCCUGGAACGUUUAUUGAUGUAUUUACUUCGAUUUUUUUUUUUUUUUCCUGCAUGUUUUCAGAAAAGAGUAUCUGUACGUCUGACUGUUGGUGCUCUCACUUUCUCUCUCCAGGCGCUGUCUUUGAUCGUCCUGCCUUUCGUACCUGCAUCCAACCUCUUCUUCCCUGUGGGUUUCGUCGUGGCAGAGAGGGUCCUUUACGUGCCCAGUAUGGGUUUCUGCGUCCUUGUUGCGCAUGGAUUUAAAAUUAUCUCACAGAAAGGGUAAGUACUAUCUUAAAAAAUGUUGUCACUGCCUUGAGUGUAUUUAAUGUUACAUCUGAUAUAUUUUGAAAAAUGCAUCGCGACAACGAUGAAAAGUUCAAACUUUGUUUACCUUUGCAGAAACCUGAAGAAGAUUUCCUGGUUGAUAAUCGGAGUCCUUUUAACCACACACGCGUUAAAAACUUUCAACAGAAAUUGGGAUUGGGAGUCAGAAUACACUCUCUUCACCUCAGCCCUGAAGGUAAGCAGCAGAGAUGAUUUAGGCAGCGUCAGUGUUUCUUGGCUGUUCGCCACUGUCGGACUGCAAAAUCUUGGGUUUGAUCACAAGGUGAUAAAAGAUUUGUUCAAACAUGUGACUCAGCUUUUAUCAAAUGAUAAUGAUGGAUUACUCUGAAACCUAACCGAGUGUUUCACUGACAUGUUCUUAAAUUGUCUGAUACUUCAGGUCAACAAGAACAAUGCCAAGCUGUGGAAUAACGUCGGCCACGCUCUAGAGAACCAAAAUAAUUACGCAAGGGCCCUGCGGUAUUUUCUCCAAGCCACUCGUGUACAGCCAGGUAAGGAACACAAACACGGUUUUUAAUACAUAAACGGAUUAUUUUGACAUCCAAAAAUGUGACUAUUCUAUCUCAUGUACCCAUACUUAUUAAUAAAGGUGCUAUUUCUCUUCUAAAUAUAAACUUAUUUUCAAGCAAUUCAUACAUAAUGUCCACUGUGGUUGAACUAGGGCUGCACGAAUUUGGCAAAAAAAAAAAACGAAUUCAGAUUUUUUUCUCUGAAAACUCGAUUUUAGAUUUCGAUUUUUUUAUUCAGUGACAACUUAACCAAAUAUUACUUUAAUAAUAAGUUUUUGUAUCAUCUCAGAAGAAGAGUACAGAGCAUGCCUGUAAAGGUUAUUUUGGUCGGGCACGCCCAGGCACUGAAGAGUUACACUGUGUGUCACAUCAUCGUUUCCAGAGAUGCAGAUAGACAUCCAUACGGAGAUGAAAUGGUCUUUGUUUACAGAUUUAUGCACUCUCGUUUUCAAAAAGUAACGUUAACAGUCACAUGAAACGCCAUUUCCGUGUGAAUGAAACGCUGAUACGACAAAGAACUUUUGCAUUUACUCCUGAAUUCAUUUCCGUGUUGACGGAUUGACACCUAUUUAGCCACGAAAUUAUCACCUGCUUUUGCAAACGCCAUGUUUGUUUACACUGGUGUGUGUGGGAACUGGGGAGCCUACGGUGGCCUGGAGGUGCGAGACAUGAUAGAGAGGACAAUCGAUUUGACGGUUAAAUUUUUUUAACAUCAUCAUAAUGAAACAAUCCAAUAACGAUUUAAAAUUAAUUAAUCGUGCAGCCCUUGGUCGAACUAAAAUAUUUACAGUCAUUUUGUCACAUUCUCAUAAUUUUUUUUAAAUUGUGAUCAUUCGUUAUCAGAAGCACAAAAUGUUACAUAAACUCUAAGAUUAUUCCUUUUUUUUAUAUAAUAUUCUAAACCAUAAAAUGUUGUAGAUUAAACAACUUUAGAAAAAAAACAGUCUUCAGUUUAGAUAAGAAUUUUAAAAAGUACAUUUUGUUUUCUUUGUGUACAUUUUAUGGAAUACAAAAACCAUCCAUUAUUUAGAAAUGGGGUAAUAUAAUAAAGAAUAAAAUAAGACUGUUCCAGUAAUGAACAGUGAAAAACCUGACUCAACACGACAUGUUGGUGAUGCUACUGCCUUCCACAUCAAGUAAAACUCAAUGAGUUCAUGUGUCUGAGAUUCGGGGGUCUUAUGUAGGAUAACUUUACAAAAUAAACUUACAUGCACUCAAAGUAGAACUUCAUCUUGUCCCAAAAUAACAAACCAUCCCCAGAACAUCUAAUUAGAUAACGAGUCAAGGGGACUGUGUGUCCCUUUAAUUUGUUCUGGAUUUUAAUUACUUGUUCCAGAGACUUGUUGCUAUUCUUAGUGACUAUUAUAAGUAAUUCAUGUGCUCUCCAAAAAACUUGUUUCAACAUGCACCGAACAAACUACACUCACCUUAUGCGUAAGUGUUAUGCUAUUUUGUACAUUAAAGGUGAAUCAAGAGUGAGACAAGCAUGUCCUAGAAACCUGCUUUGCUUUAUGGUUUAGUUUUCAGGAAGUUUGGCCUCAGCUCUAAAAUCAACACUUCUGUCGGUUCACCACCCAAGAGUGUUUCCCUAAGAUUACCAACAUAAACAAGUAACCCUUUGAGGAUUUCCUGCAAAGCCAAUAAUCAGCAUCAGUUCAGCGUGUCCAGGCUGACCCUUUUUCAAUGCGUCUUCUUUAUCAGAGUGUUCCCAGGGACUUUAACAGUGCCUCACGUCUGCUUAAAACAAAAGGUGGAUUUUACUUUAAUGACAUCAUGAUCGUCGUAUUUAUUGUUACUCAUGCUAACCAGUAGUUCAGCAAACUUCUGUGGUGAAACAAAACAAAAUAGGAAGAAUGUGUUGAAGUAGAACUGAGAGAUUUAAACAUAAUCCAGUUUGGAGUUGACUUUUUCCCUGUUUCUCGUUUUGACUCCAUACUUUAUUCCUGCAGACGACAUCGGUGCUCAUAUGAAUGUUGGAAGAACCUACAAGAACCUGAACAGGUCCAAAGAGGCAGAAGAGGCCUACCUGGUUGCCAAAUCCCUCAUGCCGCAGGUAUCAUCAUGAAUACACAGUCAGUCUGGAGAUGUUUGACAAGUUUCAUGAAGCUGAGAAAAAGUUUAAAAACAUUCAGUGUUUGUUGCUUCACUCAAACCCUCAUAAUUGUGUUACUGUAUUGUGAGAGAGAGUGAAAGAGGAGAGUGUUUCACAGAUGCAGAGGCUGAAGUUGGGAUAUGGUGCACAUAAGACACUUGUUUCUCUACAACUAUAAGUUUAUUCGGUCGAACAUCGGUAUCAGCAAGUAUCAGCGAGUGUGUCACACAUUGAAGUCAGUAGUCGAUGUUUGUCUGUCGUAUCAUCACAUUAAUGUAAAUCUGGAAAGCUAUCACACCUUUUGCCAAUCCAGAGGAGUUUUUUAAUUGAGCAGAAGAAGCCCUCCUCCUAAAAUAAGACUGAGUUAAAUAUUCAACGAUGAGAGAAAAUGUGUGCAGUGUGGGAGUACUCAGAAAACAUGAGGAAGUUUUAGGAAGAUAAUAUCAGAAAGCUAUGCGUCAGUUUUCUGACAUUUCCCCUUGUCAUUUUUCUCGAGAAACUCUCAUCUGUCAGCUAAGGUGUUGUUGCAUUUUUGUGAGUGUGUAGGUGUGUUGUUAUUCUUUGCCACCAAGUUAAGACAGGUCAUUUGGUGCAUGAUAGGUCUCAUCAUGAUUAGAUUCUAGCAAGGGAUUCCACCUCACCAGUGGUUCUCAUGCUCGGUGGAAUGUAAAUCAGCCUUUUAGACAAAACUUGGGACAACUUCACUCUAGGGCUGGACGAUUAUGGCAAAAUAAAAUAAUCACGAUUAUUUUGACUAAUAUUGAAAUCAUUUCAAAACCUGAGUAAACCUGACUUUAAAUAAUACUUAAAAGAACAGCUAGGAAAAAACUGGUAACAAGUAAAAAAAUAAAAACAAUAAUAGUAAAUUUAAACAAUGAUAGCAAUAAAAACAAUAAAUAUUAAUUAAUGACUGCAAUGAUGUGAAUAAAUACAUGCAGUCCUGCAAAACUUGCAACAUGCAAAAAACACAAACAAAGAAAAGAAAAAAAAUGAGGACAAAAAGGAUUGUCAACAAAGUGCUUUACUUCCUCAGCUGUGUGAUCAUCGAUAACUUAAUGAUGCGUAUACUCUGCGUGUUUACUCCGCAGUGCAGCGCCCAUGUGCACAUGCAUAUACAGCACGAGUUAGAGACACAUAAAUUAAAAGAAAAAAGAAAAAACUCAUUUUUAAGGUGUUGCGGCGCGCCACGGACAGUUGCACAUCAGGGAAACCUUGAAAACAAUUUCCUUUUGCUCGACUUCUGCCAACUCGAAGCUAAAAUGUUUCCAGGUAACUGAAGUCGUCCUACUUUUCUUCUCAACCAAAGGCUGCCUUUCUGCCAUGUUUUCAAUCACUCGCUCCUCAUAUUAUUGAUCCACACACAUCACACGCUUGCUGCAGCUACACAUCACAGGGGUGCAUUCAGGGUGUUUCUCCAGCACAGGAGAAAGCAUUUAACGUCUUGUUUUUGUAAUCGUGCAAAGCCAAAUCUGAAAUCAUGAUUAAAAUUUGAUUAAUCGUCCAGCACUACUUAACUCCUCUGAGUUACUUUCCUCUUCAUCUGUCCACUGACAGAUGUGUCACUCCUGUGGAUUUUGUCUCAUCAUGACUGACAAACAGCCGUAAAAUGUUGUGGUGGUUGGACCCUCUAAUCUGUCACCCAGGCUGUAAAAACGGUGACUUUUGUGUUAACAGGUUAUUCCGGGUAAGAAGUAUGCAACGCGUGUGGCGCCCAACCAUCUGAAUGUUUACAUAAAUCUGGCCAAUCUGAUCCGAGCAAACGAGUCGCGGCUGGAGGAGGCUGACCAGCUCUAUCGACAGGCAAUUAGCAUGAGGCCGGACUUCAAACAAGCUUACAUCAGCAGGCAAGAUCUUUUUAUUCUAUUCUUUCAUGUUUGCGGCAUUAAGAUUUCACUCUUUGGUGAUGACUUAUCAGAUUUAACCCUCCGUGUUGCGGUGAGGUGUAACUGAGUUGAAACACAACAUUUAGCACUGAUAGAAGGUCUAACAGUUAACAGAUAAAAAAAAAGAAACUGAUAAAAAAAAUAUGUCUGUCUGUACUACAGUAGGUUACAGUAAAUUCCCUCUCUGCUAAGGUUGGGCUCCUUCAGUCUAUUGUGUCUCUGCCAAAAUAAUCAACAAACAAGUUAGCAAGAGGCUUACUGGCUGUAUGUCAAACAGUCACAAGAUGGAGAACUUCACAGUUUUGUACCUUCACCGUGCACAUCGUAAGCUAGCUUCAUCUUGUUUACCUAGCUUCCAGGGGUGGGAAUCACGAUACGAUGUAAUCACGAUGUAAUCACGAUACUUGGGCCACAGUACGAUAUUAUUGUGAUUUUUUAACAUUUUGCAAUAGAUUGAAUAUUGCAAUGAAAUUUGUUGCGAUUUAUACAAUUUGUUCAACUGUUUAGCUGAUUUAGCGUUUGUCUUUCUUUUAUGUUUGUCUCAUUUAAACUAUUUUAUUUUCAUGUAGCACAUCUUGCAAAUCUUACAUGUAUUUGUUGUACUAACUUUCCUUUGCUCUAUGAAGUCAACUCUGCCAACCUCACUGGACAAACAGUUGAUUUUAUUUUUCAUUAUCAUAGAUUUGACUUUCUAUUAGCAAUUAAUUAAAAAAAAAUUGAUUCUUGGUAAAUGAGACGAGAUAAUAUAUCACCAGACAAAAUAUCGCGAUACAAUUCUAUAUUGAUUUUUUUCUCCCACUUCUACUAACUUCUUUCUAUCGAUUUACGCUGUUGGACUUCCAGGUCAAAACCCGGUUUGUAAACUGCGUUCAUGUCAUGAAGCGAGGAGUUGACACAUGCAAAAAAAAAUUUGAAAACAUCUCUUGUUUACAGUUUCUUACUUUACUAUGUUCUCGCUGAAAUGUAACCAAAAUUCCACCAGUAAUGAAAAGAGCAGUGACACACAGUAACCCGGUCUAAUUUCAUUCAUAUUAAACUGUUUCUAUCAUUAAAUAACAUUAUUCCAGUACAGAGAGAUAACGUUCAGAAAUACCAAGUAAUAAGACACAAACUCUGGGAACCACACAAGAUCUAAAACCCUGAUCUUCUGCACGGCAGGUUGAGUUUCAAUAAUGGUUAAAAAAAACAACUUAAUUCAUUCAAACUUCUAAGUCUUAUCUUUUGUCUGCCCUUCUCACUGCCAUGGCAUGACAAAUAUUUGACUACUUGAUUAGCUACUUUUGCAUUUCAGUGGAAACAGACUUUAAAUACCAGAGAAAAAAGAUAAGGGAAAAAAAAUGUUUUAAUUCUAGUAAGAGUCUAAUUGUUCUUGCUUUUGCUUUGUGAUUUUGUUUUUACUUGUGUGGAUUUCUUUCUGACUCAAGAGGGGAGUUGCUGCUGAAGAUGAACAAGCUCACAGAUGCCCGGGACGCCUACCUCCGAGCGCUGGAGCUGGACCGUACCAACGCUGACCUGUGGUACAACCUGGCGAUCGUCAACAUCGAGAUGAAGGACCCCACGGAGGCCCUGAAAAACUUCAACCACGCCCUGGAGCUCAACCCUCGCCACAAGCUGGCACUCUUCAACUCGGCACUUCUCAUGCAGGAGUCUGGUGAGUGAGGCCUGCCAGGUCUGUCACGAGGAAGAGAAAUGUACCACCACCUCCAGCUGGAGUGAAAAGCUCAACCCCCGCUGUAGGAAAGCAUUACUUGACAUUUAUCUGCACCCUUCUUUCACGCUAACUCCUCUGAACAAAGGAAAUAAACUGAUAUUACCUUUAGGGUGUAACCAGGUUCUUAAGAGCGGCCCUUAUGUUGCAAUGAACCCUACGUGCACCGGCACAGAAUACGGGGCCAAGUUUCUGUCGGGUCAUGCUUCAUCAACUCGGUGACAAAAACAAACAGUUACAUUUACAGCAGGUUUGACUGGAGGUUUACAGGAGCCUUUUGCUCCCAUAAAUCUCGGCAAAUGCACUUUUUACUAUCAGGACAGUUCCGCUACAUGUUAAUGCACAUAAAGAUUAACAUAUAUCACCUUGUAUGUUCUCCAUGUCACAUCUAUUGUUAAGUGAUUCAAACUGUCAACAAAGAGGUGACUCAUUGUGGUAGCAAUAUUUCUCACUAAUACCAUGUUGUCCUUUUCCAGUAUUCUCACGUCAGCGUGACUUUGACCGGUCAACCUUUUGAUAUGAUGCCAGCGCAGGUGUAAAUAUUUCCCCUCGCUGCUGCAUCAAUCAGGUUUUACACAGCUCAAAUGAAAAAAAAAUGACAUAUCCUUUGAAAUCGAUUCAUAAUAAGAUUUUAAAAAACACUAUAGGUGUAAAAUUACGCAACACGCUUCACGUUUGCUUCCUGCUCCUCAAACUGCAGAUUUGAUCUGUUUAACUUUGCUCUAUUUCGCUCUUCAUAUUUUUAGUUUUAGUGUUUUUUUUUCUUUCUUCUUCUUUCUAAAUAGAUUUUUCUUCCACAGAACGGAGACAUUUAACGUCACAGUGAAAUUGUUCCCCGUUUGAAGUUUUGUAGAAAUUAAACAGAUUAGAUUUAACUUUAUUUUAGCAACUUGGUUAAACAUAAAUGUAACCAUGUGAUGCAUUGUUCCAGUUUUAGGUCAAAGCUAAUCUACCAUGGCAGAUCACAAUUCAAACCAUUACGUAGUUAUGAAACAGCAAUUAAAUAAACUAAACUACAACACAAGACACACACGCACACUGGCAACGAGAUUAUGUGGAGUUAAAGAAUUAAAAUGCAGAAUAGAAACACUUUUAGAAAGGCAUGUUACGUUAUUGUUCGCCCUUCCAUUUCAAAUACUUAAGUUCACCAACAGCUUUGUUCAGGGCAUAGUUUGGUGUCAGCACUCUCUCAAAUGACAAAGUUCAACAAAGGGUCACUUCAUGGUAUUCUGCAGCAACGCACACACUGAUGGAGACGUCAAGCUCUCUCUCAGAGAAAUGCUUCAUGGAAACUUUAAAAGCUUAGGAAGCUAGGAUCCAAGUCACCCAUUUUUUUUUUUUUUUUUUUUUUUGUUUUUGCCGCAGGUAACCAGGUGUGAAAGUGGGCUAAAUGUCAGCAAUGCUGCGAAUUCUCUUCUUUAAAUUCCUCACAUUCCUGCGCUGGCUACUGUCUGUGUUCAAUUUGCUAGAUUGCACUGAUGCCUCGAGCGGUUGCAGAGGUGGUCUGAUGGAGAUAAAUUUGAGGACAAAAACUGGCUGGACAGAGAGGAAGACACUGUCCAGACCUACUAUUUACUUUUCAGGUGGCUGAGCUGAUAAUUGGGCUCUACAAAACCUUUUAUGAACCUUAUUUGGUUAACCUUCCUCCUGUGUUAGCUUGUACUACACACCCACUAUGUUAACGGAUCGGUUUUGUCCUUAAUCAGCUGCAAAUAACACUAAAAAUAAUUCUCUAUCAUUCAAUUUUGUUCUCAUUUCUAGGUUAUUUUGUUCGGCUUCAUUAUCCAUGAAAAUAUUGUUUAUACUUUUUUUUGUUGUGGACCUCUGAGCCUUUCUUUGUCAUGAUACACCUCACACAGACAUCUAUACUGAAUUGAUCUCACAUGUCUGGACAUGCUCGUCAUUGUUUUGUGCAGAACCAGGAAAUAUGAGAAUUUGCUAAAUUUCACAUGAUUGGAAGAGGAUCUUAGUGAUGGGCACGGCAGUUAUUUUAGAUGUACUAAAUCACUAGAAUCAGUUCACUAAAAAGAUUUGUUCUGCGACCCCGACCUUCUUAACUGACACACAGCUGAACGUUUCAGGAUUCAGUUCAAUUCAUAGUUUCUGGGACCAGGAGAUGAGUGUGUGGCUGUGUUGCUCAGGCAAACAGGUUUGUAAAAAUGAACUUGUUUAUCAGUCAUGAUGUGUACUGUCCUAGGGUAUGCUAUUUACCAGGUCUGCUCGGUAAAUUGGGGUCAGUAAGUGAUUCGUUCACUGAAUGUUUAGAAGGAUUCAAACUGAACAUGUACCGUUCCCUUUCAAACCGCUGCAAUGAUGGGAUGCUGCAGGUUUAAUGCACUACUUGUUACAUGCUUUGUCCUAUUGUAUGCAAGUUAUUGUGUUGGCAAUUUAGCAGUGAAAAAAAAGGUAGCUUUGUCUGGCAAAAACGAUUCCAGAGAGUGUAGUUCAAUGCGUGAUUCGUUCACCAAAUGAUUCACGUGUCGGUGCAUACGGUCCCUUGUUCGCUGGCUGCUGGCCUGGCAAUGCUGUUUCUCACUUCAGCUCAACUGAAGUGAGAACCGAACGAAUCACUCGAGAAAGUGAUUCAGUUCAGUACGUUUACCUAAAAGAUUCGGUUCUUUUGAACGAAUCGUUUGUGAAAAACACAACACUAAUCUGACUGUCAGUGUGGGGCCUGGCAGUGCAGAUAUGAUUUUAGUUUUUGCUCUAAUUAUCAGAUAUUAAUCUAACCGGGUCAACAGCGACCCUAACGCGACAAGUGCCAUAAUUUUAAUAAGAGCAUUUUAUAAUUGAGUAAAUUUUUUAUUUUUAUUUUGUUGAAAUGGAGGUCCCUGACAAAGUCAAAAAGUCUUUAAAGCUAAUUUGGUUCUUUUAAGCAUUUAAAAACAAAAAUGGGUCAGUGCAGACCCUAACACAGGAGGAGGGUUAAGCCUCAUGCUAAACUCCUACAAAAGGUCUGAUGUUUUAUCCGUUAUGCACAGAGUGAGGAGUCAUAACAUUUUCAGCAGUUUCUUUUGUUUUCUUGACGUCCCCAGGUACGCUUAAGUCAACAGCUGCUCUCGAAAAGCAAAGAGAAACGCUUCUAUUUACACAAAACUGCUUCAUUGGGUGUCUUCCCAGUUUCAGUAAGCGAGUUUGUUUCGUUUGAGAGGAGACUUAUGUGGAGAAUUCAGCCGCUAUAAAGAAAAAAACAAAAAAGCAAAGGAUAAACGCCGAAGGCUUAUUUUAAGACUUGUUUUGUGAAGUUCACAGGCUACUGUGCUGUUGCUGUUUUGAUAGUGUGUGUUUGCAAUGAAGCUUAAGAGUUCCUGAUUUUUUGUUUUGAUAACUUCUCCGGGGUAAUUGUUUUCAGAGACUCUGCGCAAACAUUAAGGAUUUCAGCUACUUGGGAGUCUUCUUCAUCUUGUUUUUGUUUUAUUAUUCGCCAAAUGUUCUCAAUGGGUGACAAGCCAGGACUGCAGACGGGCCAGUUUAGCACCCAGACUUGUCUACCUUGGAGCCACGCCGUUGUAAUACCUGCAGAAUGCGGUUUGGCGUUGUGUUGUUGAAACACGCGAGGUCCUCCUAAGGCUAUUUUCAGUUUUAGAUGUUUGUGAAGUGUUUUCUCUUUUCACGGCUCAGUUUUAACCUGAACUAGUGGAUGCAGGGACAGACUACAUUCUCAGACAGGGGUUUUCAUCAUGAGUUUGAGCCCAUGCAUUGACUUCCACUGCAGAGUCUGUUUUGUUUGUGUUUUUUUUGUGUGUGUUGCUUGAAGAUCACAGCCACACAGUGAUUUGUCCAGAUUCUGAUGGUAUUGUCUUUGUGAUUAAAAGCUGAAGAGCAAAUUUCUAAAAUUCUUGAACAGUUUUCUUGUGUUAACCCUCUUGCAGUCUUUACUUCUGAGUCACACAGCCUCUCUGGAACGCUCUUUUACUCCAGGUGAUGUGGCUAACCGGUCGCAAUUUAACUUAAUCAGUAUGGAGAUGUUCCUUCAGGGUUUUUGAGGCAUCACAAAACCAUUUUUAGUGUUUUGAGAUCCCUGUGAUUGCUUAUCUAAAAGCUGUUGCUUCAGAUUUAAGGUGGACUUAAAUUACUUGAAAACAGUCAAAUUCUGUUUUUACAACAUUUUAUACACUUUUCUAGGGCUGGGCGAUACGGCCUCAAUUCACUGUCACAAUAUAUUGAUCAGUUCACCUCGAUAAUGAUAAAUAGACGAUAACUACUCCACAAGCUGCUCACCCCCUCCCACAUUAACUUCGUCUACUUCAGCCGCUACAACUUUUGAACUGUCCUCCAUCUCCUCACCUGUCUUUCCCUCUUUGUUACAGACUGGAUGGGGUGGAGUCAUGUCCCUGACGUAGGACAGCGUCUUAAAGGGACAUGAGACCGUAGCCUACCCACACACAUCCAAAACCAACUUUGAUUUAUUUAUUUUUUUGACACCACAGGGCUCGACAGUGCGACCGUUUAUGGCUAAAAAUAGAUGUGUGCCAAUUGUUGAAUGUAUUUAGGGCACAUGUGCGCAUAAAAAUAUCAGCCGAGGCAACAAAUGUUUUUUCAAGUAAAUACCGCGUUGAAGUUAGUUUUAAGGUUGGUUAUUCAACAGACAUUCACUUCAUAUCUAUCAGUGUCUUCUCACUCUUCAUAACCAGCAAUGGCAACAGCAGCUCGGUUAAAUCUACUCGGCAUCCUCGCUGUCAACUUCGGAUGUUGAAUAAGGGACCAUCAGUAAAUUACCGGUUGAUGUUCUCAAAAAAGGCUGUUUUCCUUCAAUAGCCUCAGUGUCAUGAGACCAAAAGACCUAAAAUUGAUUUCAAAUAAUAGCACUUAUGUUGACCAAUUAGAAAAACAUUAUUUGAUCAAUUUUCAUUGUGCACCUCAAGUUCUUUAUGUGCUUCUUACUUUUUCAACUUAGAAGCACAUGUGCUCCUUGUAAAAAAAGUUAGUGUCAAGCCCUGCACCAAAUAUAUUGACAUGGGCAAAACGCAGUUGGUUAUUGUCUUAAAUUCUUUGUAUCUGUAAAUUUUCGGUUUAUCACCCAGCCCUACUCUUUCCUACCUGUUUUGGGAUCAGGAUUGUGGUUUUAUUUCAGUGUCUGUUUGCAAACUCGACUGACAUUUUCUUGUCUGCUUUGUGUCAGGUGAGCCAAAGUUCUGGCCUGAGGCUAACCGUCGUUUCCUGAUCUAUGUGGAGGAAGAGCCUCAAGAUGCAAACGGCUACUUCAACCUGGGCAUGCUAGCCAUGGACGCGAAUGAAAACGCAGCGGCUGAGCGCUGGAUGCGUAAAGCCAUCACUUUGCAGGCUGGCUUCCGCAGCGCCCUGUUCAACUUGGCGUUGCUUUACUCGCAGUCUAAACGCGAGAUCGAUGCUCUGCCUGUGCUGGACGAGCUGCUGCGACACCACCCGGAGCACAUCAAAGGCCUGAUCCUGAAGGGGGACAUCCUCAUGAAUCACAAAAAGGACACGCAGGGCGCUAAAGAGUGCUUUGAGCGUAUCUUACGCAUGGACCCCACUAAUGUUCAAGGCAAGCACAAUCUGUGCGUGGUCUACUUUGAGGAACGUGACCUCCCGCGGGCCGAGCGCUGCCUGGAGGAGACCCUGGCCCUGGCACCGAACGAGGAGUACGUGCGUCGUCACUUGAGUAUCGUACGGGGAAAAAUGGCUGCCAUGAGCGCAGCAGGGCAUCCUAUCACUCCGACAGAAGGAGCCAGUGUGUUAGCUGAGGAGGAAAAGCCAGAGAGAGUUGAGGAGGUGGCUGAGGAGGGGGCUGUGGAGGGAGGGGAGGAAGGGAGGGGUGCUGAUGAUGAUGUUGGAAAGGGGGGUGGGGAUGAAAAGAAUGCACGGAAAUCCUCUGCAGAAAGCCCGGGAGGCGUGGGCGUGGACCAAUCGGAGGCGCUGGACAGCAGCCAGCCUGACAAGCGGACUAAGGGUAAGUCCACUAAAGAGAUUAACGAUAUAGAAGAAAAACGAGCAGCUGCCUUGAAAAGACUAGAGGAGAUUGAGCGCAUAUUAAGUGGUGAUUGA